AUGGCGGGCUCCAAGACUGUGAGAAUCGUCGAGGUUGGGCCUCGUGACGGCCUUCAAAAUAUCAAGACGGUGGUGGAUACGUCGACGAAGCUGGAACUCAUCCAAAGAUUACAGGAUGCAGGACUCCAGAAUGUCGAAAUCACGUCUGUCGUUUCACCAAAGGCCAUACCGCAACUUGCAGAUUGCCGCAAAAUACUUUCCGCCCCUGUUGUGAAGAGGUGGCAACAAACCAAUGGUACACUGCGUAUGCCAGUUUUGGUUCCGAACACCAAAGGCUUACGCAUCGCCCUCGAACAUGGUGUUAGGGAAGUGGCUGUCUUCGUCAGUGCGACAGAAGGCUUCAGUCGAGCAAACAUCAACUGCACUGUCGAUGAGAGCUUGGAGCGUGCCAAGCAGGUGGCCUCGGUGGCCAGUGCAGCCGGGGUGCUUGUGAGGGGAUACGUCUCUUGCAUCUUUGCCGACCCUUUCGACGGUCCUACUCCUUUACCUGCAGUCUCCCGCGCUGUGCGAAGCUUACUCGAUAUGGGCUGCUACGAAGUCAGCCUUGGAGAUACUUUGGGUGUCGGAACACCACCAGACGUUCGACGGCUACUUGAAUAUCUCAAGGCUCAGAACAUCCAUACCGAGAGAUUAGCUGGCCACUUCCACGAUACCUACGGGCAAGCUCUAGCCAAUGUGUGGACGGCGUACGAAUGCGGUCUACGAACCUUUGAUAGCAGCGUUGGCGGCCUAGGCGGUUGCCCUUUUGCACCAGGUGCUAAGGGUAAUGUGGCUACGGAAGAUGUUGUAUAUUUGUUUCAGCAAGCUGGGGUUGAUACCGGUGUAGACCUCCAGCAAGUAGUUGACAUCGGGGUUUGGAUCUCCCAGGCCCUAGCGAAACCCAACGACAGCCGGGCUGGAGCGGCUCUCGCCAGCAAAUCGAAGAUCUCAUCAAAAAAAUCAUCGAAGAUCACCGAUCGGCCAAAGGAGGCGUUGGAGUGGUCAAUCUUGGAACAGUCUGACAACGUUGUCGUUCGGCGGGCUGGAGGGAACGGUAAUAUCGUUCUCAAUAAGCCUCGAAACGGAAAUACCCUCACUUUUCCGAUGAUAUCCGAGAUCAUCCAGGCAUUCAAGUCAUUUGAGAGCGACGCCUCAAUAUCUCGUGUUCUUAUUAGCGCAAAUGGCAAAUUUUUCUGCACUGGGAUGGACCUGAGCCAGGCCGCACAGGCAGUCGGCCGGGGCGGUGACGCAAGUUCGAAGCUGUUCCAGGCAUUGACAGACUUAUUCGAGCUCAUCGACAACUCUCCAAAGGUCACGGUCGCCUGCAUGCAAGGGCCGGCUUUCGGCGAGCAGCGGGACGGGAUUUCCAGGCUUUUCAAGACCAUGAUGGAGCCUGGCUCUGAUGCCGUCCAUGGGAUAGCAGAAUUCCAGCAGAAGCCAUUACCCCGUAUCAAUGCCCAUCGGUCAUUUCACUUUGGGGCGGAUGAGCGCAUCUGGGACCUCAGCAAUUAUAUUCAUUACAUCAUUUCGCCCUGCCCGAAAACUGUAGACAACAUCAACAUGGCGGAGCCCGCGGAAUCAUCCACAACGAGGCCAGAGAGAAGUCCGGAGUCGAGGUCACCACCAGCCACCGCAGGCAUCAAACGCAUCCGCCAGGCCUGUACCAGUUGCCGGCAGAAGAAGAUCAAAUGUUCCGGGGAUCGGCCAAGAUGUAUCAAUUGUCGACGGGUGAUGCAGCGGUGCCAAUACGAACCCUACUCGGCAGUCUCGGCCUCCCUUUCUGGGAACUCGACUGCAUUGCUUCUUGGCUUGACUAAAGAUGUAAUCACUACGGACCUUCUACAGAGAAUUUCUAUGAUUGAAAGCAAAUUAGCUCAGUUGAGCGACCGCGAAUCUCAAGAAUUCAGUUCCGCCGCUUUCAACGAGGCCAAUCUGCCUAUGGAAGACCACAACACUGUGGAAGAGCAGCCUCAACUCCAAUCAAAUGCACAAGAAGAUGUUUUAGGCGUUCCUGGUUUGGUCAACCAAUCAUCACCCAACAUGUCUACCUGGCGUUCAGGGAGCUCGCAGUCCCAAACAUUCAGUACAUUUCCGCCGGAUUCGGUAACACAGUCGCUGGUCGACACUUUCUUUCAAUGGUGUCAUAACCAGCCAUACUCUUAUUUUCACGAGGGAAGCUUCCGGCAGAAACUAGCGGAUGGCCAGCUUUCGAAAUGCGUGCUUCUGGCUGUCUUAGCAUCUUCCUUGAGGUUCUCGGAACACGAAUACUAUCGAGACAACAGAUCCAAUGCCAUUGAAGCAUAUGCAAGAGAAGCAUGGUUAUCCGUUCUGGGCGAUCACAUGACGGUGGAAGAUUCUUGCCACCUUGAGGUCGCCCAAGCCACCAAUAUCCUGGCCAUCAUUGACUUUACCGCCGGCCGAACCAGCUCCGCGUGGCUCAAGAUUGGGAUGGCGAUUCGGAUAGCUCAGGAUCUCCAACUGAUGAAGGAGCCCAGUGAAACUCUUCCUCUGGUGGAGCAGGAAGAAAGGCGGAGAUCUUUCUGGUCAAUCUACCUUCUCGACAAACUUGUCUCUCUCGGCAAACACAGACAUUUCGCCAUCUUGGACGAGGACUGCCAUGUGCGACUACCUUGCGACGAGCUGACAUUUCGUUCUGGCGGAUGGGGCCAGAAUGUGACGCUCCGUCGGCUUCUUGAUUGGAGCACCGAUGUUGGCGUUGAGAGUGGAUUCCCAGUUGCCAUCUUGGCAUCAUCCGUACUCGCUCGCUGCACACGAAGGCUUCUUCACGACCGCAAUACCGAUGAGACUCCCCCUUGGGACUCUAAAUCGGAGUUUGCAUCAAUCACAUCGCUCCUUCUCCUCGUCGAGUCCCGCCUCCAAGUCGAUCAACAUCCCAUCAGGAAUGUUGUCGAUACUUACAGGCUUGAUGAUGGUGUCAUAGAUCACCCCGCAAUAGGCCAUGUCAUCUUUGCACGUACAGUAUUUCAUGUCUGCUACUGCCUUCUCUACCAUCCUUUCCUUGUGCGAGAGCAAGUUCGGAGAGUCAAGUGUCAAGUUCCAUCAAGUUUCAUGCGCCUCGCCUCACAGAAGAGCUAUGAACAUGCUCGGGAUCUGGUCAAUUUGUUGCACGAUGCAGAAGCAGUAGGGUGCCAUCUAGGUGCUUCAUUCUACGCAUAUUCAGCGUGCCUAGCUGGCAGCAUUCUCUCGCUUCACAUGCACACCGAGAAGGAUACCGAGAAGGAUACCGAGAGCCAGCGUUACUUGGAACUACUGAGUGCAACCCAAGACAGCAUAUCAAUACUUGAAGGAAUGGCAAAGUUUUGGGAUCAUGCGUCCAAAAUUCACCAUCGGCUGCUGACUUUCCAUGCGAACGCUUAUCUUUUCGAUUCACUCCUUGACACGCAGCUGAAAUCAGUCAUAGAUCCGGGAUGGGAAAGAUCCCUCUGGUCGAUGGUUGAUUACGGGGAGAUGUGCCGCGAAUCAAGUCUAUCUAUCCCAAGUCCGAAAAUACCAGCGCCUUCGGAUUCUCCGAGCUUUCCAGACCUCGAACUAGAAAGUGAACAGAUGCUGGAUUUGGGACUUGAUGUACAACAAAUAUCACAGAUCGACGACAACCUGAUGAACUUUGAUACUCCUAACAUCAAGUAUCUUCUUGAGCUUGCUUCUGGCGGAGGGUAG